GAGGCUCGCGCCCACUGCGCGGACCGUUCGGGAAGGGGGAGCGCGGCGGCCCAGGCUCGCCCGGCCGCGCGCCCCGCCCCUCGGAGGCCCGCCCUCUAGCUCGCCCCCACAGCCCGCUGCGCCUGCGGGUACUGAGAGCUCCGGCUGCCGGCGGUGACCCGGGCCCAGCCGCCUCCACGGCCCGCGCCCCUACUGGAGGGAAGAGCCGCCUUGGGGAGGAGGGAAAGGGACGUGGGGGAGGCCACGGCAGGGUUAACCUCCAUUUCAGCUAAUCAUGGGAGAGAUUAAAGUCUCUCCUGAUUAUAACUGGUUUAGAAGUACAGUUCCCCUUAAAAAGAUUAUCGUGGAUGAUGAUGAUAGUAAAAUAUGGUCGCUGUAUGAUGCAGGCCCCAGAAAUAUCAGGUGUCCUCUGAUAUUUCUUCCCCCUGUCAGUGGAACUGCAGAUGUAUUUUUCCGGCAGAUUUUGGCUUUGACUGGAUGGGGUUACCGGGUUAUAGCUUUGCAGUAUCCAGUUUAUUGGGACCAUCUCGAAUUCUGUGACGGAUUCAGGAAACUUUUAGACCAUUUACAACUGGAUAAAGUUCAUCUUUUUGGGGCUUCUUUGGGAGGCUUUUUGGCUCAGAAAUUUGCUGAGUAUACACACAAAUCUCCCAGAGUCCAUUCCCUCAUCCUCUGCAAUUCCUUCAGUGACACCUCUAUCUUCAACCAAACUUGGACUGCAAACAGCUUUUGGCUGAUGCCAUCAUUUAUGCUCAAAAAAAUUGUUCUCGGAAACUUUUCAUCUGGCCCAGUGGACCCUAUGAUGGCUGAUGCUAUUGAUUUUAUGGUGGACAGGCUGGAAAGUUUGGGUCAGAGUGAACUGGCUUCAAGACUUACCCUGAAUUGUCAAAAUUCUUACGUGGAACCUCAUAAGAUUCGGGACAUCCCUGUGACCAUUAUGGAUGUAUUUGACCAGAGUGCACUUUCAACUGAAGCUAAAGAAGAAAUGUACAAACUGUAUCCUAAUGCCCGGAGGGCUCACCUUAAAACAGGAGGCAAUUUCCCAUACCUAUGCAGAAGUGCAGAGGUGAAUCUUUAUGUACAGAUCCAUUUGCUACAAUUCCAUGGAACCAAAUACGCGGCCAUUGACCCGUCGAUGGUCAGCGCUGAGGAACUGGAGGUGCAGAAAGGCAGCCUCAGCAUCAGUCAGGAGGAGCAGUAGCUGAGGCAUUGCCUGUUGAUGACGAGCGGGCAAGAGAGUUCUUAUCCAGUCAGCAGAGUGAGUGCCCGCCCGAUGCCCCCUCUGCUCCGUUGUCGGCUUCAUCGGUUAUCACUGUGUUUGGAAGUAGGACUGAUUGUCAUCUCUGUGACAGGUGGCAGCUCUUCUGAACCAGUGUAACUAUUCCCCCUUCGGUUUUUUUUUUUAGCUUUCGAAUUUGAGGAAGUACUUUUGAAGAUUCCCAUUUUAAGAAUUGUGAAAAUUUUGCUACCAAAAGUCUUCUCACCACUGUGUUCUUAAGUGAAUGUUGAUUUCUGAGGUUUGGGAUUUUGUGGGGUUUUUUUUUUUUUUCCUUUUCUUUCCUCCUUUCUUUCUUGUUACGUUAUUUGCUGUAAAUGCUGCACAUCCAGAUUGUGUAUCAGAAGGACAUUGGUUAUGUUUAUGCUUUCUUGGUGCCAAGUGCCAAGGCUGUCUGUCACCCCACUGUUUGCUCUCCAUCCAAAAUCAACUACUCCUAAUUUCCGGGUAAGCAGAUCAUUUUCUGUUUUAUCUGCUGUCUUUCUAGCCAUUACAGUCAUUUGGAAUAAAAACUCAAUUUCAGUGA